CAAGAAGAAGCAUAGCUGACAACAUAAAAAUUUGCAGAUUCACGCAUAGCAGAAUUAAGAAAAUAAAAUAAAGUUUAUUUAGGGAAUAAUUUGUUGUAUUGCAAAGCAUCAAAAAAUAAGACAUAAUGACGACAGGUACAGUUCCUGCUGACGGAGUACGCGAAAAGGCUCUCUUUGAAUAUCGCAAAAAAUUAUUGGAACACAAAGAAGUAGAAUCCAGACUGAAAGAGAAAAGAGAAGAAAUCAAAGAGCUUACGAAGCAGUAUGACAAAUCAGAGAAUGAUUUAAAGGCUUUACAAAGUGUGGGUCAAAUAGUGGGCGAGGUAUUGAAGCAGCUAACAGAAGAUAAAUUUAUUGUCAAAGCCACCAAUGGCCCCCGCUAUGUGGUUGGCUGCCGCCGUCAGUUGGACAAGACCAAAUUGAAGUCAGGCACUCGUGUAGCCUUGGACAUGACCACUUUGACCAUUAUGCGUUAUUUGCCCCGUGAGGUAGAUCCUUUGGUCUACAAUAUGUCCCAUGAAGAUCCUGGAGAUGUUAAAUACUCUGCCAUUGGUGGUCUUUCGGAACAAAUUCGCGAAUUGCGUGAAGUUAUUGAACUGCCUUUGUUGAAUCCCGAACUUUUCCUUCGUGUUGGCAUAACACCACCCAAAGGUUGCUUGCUGUAUGGACCACCUGGUACGGGUAAAACAUUGUUGGCUCGUGCUGUGGCCUCACAACUUGAUGCCAACUUCCUAAAAGUUGUCUCCUCUGCCAUUGUGGAUAAAUAUAUUGGUGAAUCUGCACGCUUGAUACGCGAAAUGUUCAACUAUGCCCGUGAUCAUCAACCCUGCAUUAUAUUUAUGGAUGAAAUUGAUGCCAUUGGUGGCAGACGUUUCUCAGAGGGUACUUCAGCCGAUCGUGAAAUUCAACGUACACUCAUGGAAUUGUUGAAUCAAAUGGAUGGUUUCGAUGCUUUGGGUCAAGUGAAAAUUAUCAUGGCCACAAAUCGUCCAGAUACAUUAGAUCCUGCGUUGUUGCGUCCCGGACGUCUAGAUCGUAAAAUUGAAAUCCCACUGCCCAAUGAGCAAGCUCGUAUGGAAAUCAUGAAAAUCCAUGCCCAAAAGAUAGCCAAGCAUGGAGAAAUUGAUUAUGAAGCCAUUGUUAAGCUAUCAGAUAAUUUCAAUGGCGCAGAUUUGCGCAAUGUAUGCACUGAAGCUGGUCUUUUUGCCAUAAGGGCCGAACGUGAAUAUGUCAUCCAAGAAGAUUUUAUGAAGGCCGUCCGCAAGGUUUCGGACAAUAAAAAAUUGGAAAGCAAAUUAGAUUAUAAACCUGUUUAAAUUUAAAAUGCCUCAUUUAUUAUUUUUACACAUUAAAAAUUAAAAAAAAAAGAAAACAAUUAUAUAA